AUGGCUGAUGAAUUAGGUCCAUCGGCUCAUCCAACAUCCAUGUCCGAUCUUCCCACACCCCCAGCGGAGCCAGAUCCGAGAUGGACACCAGCCAUCGCGACUGUCAGUCUGGGCACGGCCGAGUUCCACACUCUCCCGGCCAAGAUUGAAGCGGCCGCUCAGAAUGGCCAACGGGGGUUGGAACUCUUCCAUGAUGAUCUCGCCCAGUUUGCCAAAUCGCUGCGUGCUUCAUCGGGUUCUCAAGCGGCAGCUCGCACCGACCGCGACUUUGAGAUUGAUGCUGCGCAUGCAAUCCGCGAGCUGUGCGAGCAAAAGGGGCUUCAGGUUCUGGCGCUCCAACCAUUCCGACAAUUCGAGGGCCUCUUGAACGCCGUUGAGCAUGCGAACCGCAUCGAGGAGCUGAAGCACUGGACAAACCUUUGUCUCAUUCUCGGGGAGGACCUGUUCAUCCUCAUUCCGUCAUCUUUCCUCGAUGCUUCCCAGAUCACGGGUGACCGAGAUCGUCUGGUAUCGGACCUCGCCGAAGCCGCAGACGUGGUCUUCCCCGUACGGAUCGCCUACGAAGCCCUUGCUUGGGGAACCUACAUCAAUACCUGGGAAGACAGCUGGGAGAUCGUGAAACGAGCCAACCGGCCCAAUCUCGGCAUCUGUCUCGACACCUUCAAUAUCGCCGCGCGGAUCUGGGCAGACCCAACCAGUCCCACGGGACGCUUGCAAGCCCACGCAGACACCGACUUGACCGAGUCCAUGCACAGACUGGUCCGGGAGGUUGAUCCCGAUCGCGUCUGGAUGGUUCAGCUGGCCGACGGGGAACGGGUAGAUCCGCAGGCGCCGUUCCUGCAGGUGCCAGGAAUGCCCAAGUUGCUGUCGUGGUCCCGAAAUGCUCGUCUGUUUCCCUGUGAAGAAGAGCGCGGUGGAUAUCUCCCCAUCCGACAGGUGACGGAUGCUUGUCUGUCAAGAUUGGGUUACACUGGCUGGGUGAGUAUGGAGGUGUUUUCACGGUCGACCAUGGAAGCUCAGCCAUCGGUCCCAAACGAUCAUGCGGCGAGAGCGGCGAGAUCGUGGCGGCGAAUGUUGCAACAGUUGGACUCGGAGAAAUGA